CAAAUAUGUCUGAAGAAAAUACAACUAAGGCUCUAUGGAAGUUAAAACGUUAUGGACGUUUUCUGCCAAAAGCCAAAAAUGUCGGGGAAAACUCUUCAUGGAAGAAUCUCAACUCCGUCACGUCCACAACAAUGAGGUGUAUGAGUCCAGUGAAAGCAAAGGCACGUUGGAGCUGACGAUACUGGAAUCUGGUCAUCUGCUCAUCUCACAGGCUCAGGAACUACUGGAAGGCUUCUCUCUUCUGAACGCUCCGAGCUUUCUGAAGAUCCAGCAGAAAUCAGACAGCCUGCUUUUCUACUUCACACUGAAGGAAGAGAGUCGUAUGAUACGACUGCAGUUUGAGGGCAGCAGCAGGUCUGAAGCUGUAGAUUUAUGCAGGAAGGCAGUCGAGAAACUGAAUGAAUAUCUGCCUGUAGGCACCCAGGAGCAGCCUGGCCCUUCAUCUGCAGUUCACACCACUGGAAUCUCUAACCAGCAACAGCAGGAUCGCGGGAAGCCUGUCCGAGGGAACCCGUGGCAAAGGUGUGGGGACACCCUGGACAGGGUGCCAACCCAUCGCGGGGUGCAAAUCGCACAAACACUCACACACUACGGAAAAUUUGGAAUGCCGGUCAGCCUACAGCGGAGGUCUUUGGACUGAGGAAGGAAACUAGAGUACCCGGAGGGAACCCCCGAAGAAGCACGAGGAGAGCAUGCAAACUCCGCGCACACAGGGCAGAGGUGGGAUUCGAACCCCCAACCCUGGAGAUGCGAGGCAACAGUGCUAAACAUUAACCCACCCUGCUCCCAGUCAUUUAUAGUUAAUAAGUAUUAUUUCCCCGGAGCUCUGUCUUGUAGCCAGAUCUACCAUCAGACCUGCUGUCGGAAAAUGAAUCAAUACCUUGUCUCAAUACCAACCAGAAUCGAGAAUCCAACAUCGUCAAUCAUAAAUUAUAAUGCAUGCAUAAUUCAAUUUUCCAUCUUUGAUAAAGUAAGAACUGUCAGUUAUUAGAGUUAGCAAAUCCGGAUUACUUUUCAGAACUAUCCGAUGACGAGGAACUUUCAUCUCUCUCAAAGCACCUCAUAACAUCGUGUUAUCGCAUAAACUUUAUGUUGUAUUUUUUUUUUUUUUUUACCAUUCAGGUCUCAAGCGGUUCCUCUUUGUGCGUAACUACACCAUAUGUCCGAAAGCACGUUGACACCUGAGCAUCACAUCCAUAUUUGCUUUUUUUGUCCAUCCCUUUCCAGAUUUAGUUUUACCUUUUGCUGUUAUAAUAAGCUCCGCUCUUCUGGGAAGGCUUUCCACUAGAUUUUGGCGCAUGGCUGUGGGGGAUUUGUGUUCAUUCAGAUACAAAUGCAUUGCUGAGGUGAGGUCCUGAUGUUGGGUGAGGAGGUCUGGGGUGCAGUCGGUGUUCCAGUUCAUCCUAAAGGUAAUAAAGGUUGAGGUCAGGGCUCUGUGCAGGACACUCGAGUUCUUCUACUCCAACCUUGACAAACCAUGUCUUCACAGAGCUCGCUUUGUGUACAGGGGCAUCGUCAUGCUGGAGCAGGUUUGGGGCCUCUUAGUUCCAGUGAAGGGAAAUUAUAAUCCUACAGCAUACAAAGACGUUCUAUACAAUUGUGCGCUUCCAUCGUCCGGUGAAGAAUGGCAGGUGUCCACAAACUUUUGGUCGUAUAACGUAUCUCUAACUAGCAUCCGAGUCUGCGCAGACAGCUGUAUGAUGAAAUGCUCACUCAGCUCAACUCCUUGCCUGGAGUUUAUUAAUAAGGGUCAUAAUUAUAUUCCUACUAUGGAGACAGCUGUGCGUCGAGCUGUUCUCAGCCUGAUACACAGACUACUCCGAUAACCCCGUUUUCACUGAAAAAUAAAUAAAUAAAUAAUUUACCGGGACAGGCCCCAGCUGGCCUGGGCUUACAUUUGUCACUACAGUGAUGAGGUUGCAUGCAGAUGGAUGUAGUCUAAAGAAAAAUAACAGCAAUGGGAAUAACCUUACCCUGCCAUUAGUAAAAAAUAGCAUCUGAGGCCUUAAACAAAAGCCUCAAACAAAAUUACAUGCAACCACUGAGGAGGCGGAACUCAUUCGUGUGUCAUUUUCAUCAGCAACUCACCUCAGUGAUGAGUGUUGGCUUUUUUUUGACACAAAGGAGCCAGUUAUUGCCUUAAGAACAAAAUCGUUCACCUGUAAAGUUGUGAACAUUCCGACGAUGUUUUCCGGUGAUAACUGACUACUAACAUACAGCGUACAGCACAACAACGGGUCGGAUCUGAGACGCCAUGGGCUCCGGUCCCGUAUUCCAGAAGGAAAUAGCAGUUGUCCUGAGAACAGCAGAUCGUUGCACAAAGCCUCGUGCCGCCUGUCAGCGAUCUGGAUUACUGAAACCGAAAUCAUUUUCUUGCAACACAGUCUCCACUACUCCCACUGGACUCCUCAGCAGUCCAAUGCUUUAUUUAUUUUUUUAUUAUUGUGCUCUUAUGUAGGCAGAUCA